GUUGUGUAUUGGAAGACGCGAAGUAAUUUCAGCAAAUUCGUGGUCUAGCGCGGCAAGUGUGCUCCUCGGCGAAUCGCAAGCGUAAAACGGCAAAAUGACCCUCUUGUAGCCGCCUGCUACUCCUCGAGUAAUGCUGGUGAAGCAGCAGCAGCAGCAGCAGCAGCAGCGCAUUCAAGAUUUGCCUCUCCGUCCGUUCGCAUCCAGGCACAAAGGUCCGGAUGCAACUCCCUCCUUGACUUUUGUGUGGAGCGCGAGCAGCCCUUCCCUUGAAGCCCCGCUCGUCCUUUGCCUAAUUCGUUUACCGGUACUCGAAUAUGUGCUUGCAUGCGCAUGGAUGCACAUGGUACGCCGUGCAUGACGCGGCAUGUCAGCAGAGCUUCAAGACGGUGAGUUGAGUUGCAA